AUGCCGGAGAAAUGCCCACACCUAAUUGACAAUGAGGAGGAAAUUGGUAGGUCUGAAGAUUCCAUUGAAUAUAAGAAAGAGUGGGAAAUUUUUAUCAAAUUAAAAGGAAAUGUGCGACAUAUUUUUGACAAAUUUAUUUUGAAUUUUAGCCACCCAAAUGAUGGAAACAACCAGCAGAUUGGAAGGACACAGGAAGAAGUAUCCUCUUUCACAAAAAUGACGAGUAAUUCCUCUUGUUCAUUUUACGUAACAAAUGAUAUGAGUGACUUAUUUCACCUUAAGGAGGACUCGAGAAAAGUUGUCCAAGUCGACAUAAAAAUUCUAGUAAAAAUUAAGUUUCCGUGUAGACAAAGCGACGAUGACACAGAUCAACCAAUAGAACAGAAAUGUGAAGUACAUCUUUAUUUUACUUCAAAUGAAUGUGAAAAUCGCAUCACCAAACUUGAUUAUUAA